CCAAAAGAGACUGAACAUCCACAAGGCUUCCUGAUCCAAUUUGCCAGCUAGUUAUUCACUACCAGAGAUCUUCUCUGCAAGCAUGGAUAACCAUUCAUACAACUUUCCUUCUGACUGCACCCCGCUCACCAACUGCAAGUCUGCCCGCAAGCCAGCUGGAUCCACUGUGGUGAACAUGGGUAACACUGGAAAAAACCCUCCCCGGGACUAUCUGAUCUGGUCGCUGUGCAACACCUUCUACGUAAACUUCUGCUGCCUGGGUUUCAUGGCGCUCAUUUACUCCAUCAAGGCCAGGGAUCAGAAGACUUUGGGCAACCUGCAGAUGGCCCAGGAGUGCUCAGACAAGGCCAAAUGGUACAACAUCCUGGCGGCCGGCUGGAACAUGCUGAUACCACUUCUGGCCGUCGUCCUGAUCGUUCUCCUCCUCGUCCACCUCGGCACAUCCCAGGGCUCCUUCGACUUCUUUGGAGAAGAUGGAUUCCAAAGCUUCAUGAAGCUGUUCAGCUGGUAGAUGAAGGUGCCUUUAAGGCGGGUCUCAGAUUGUUCCACCAACUGUGAGGAGAGGCCAUUUGAUUUGAUUCAGAAGAAGAAGGAAGACAUUAUUCGAAUUUCAGUGCGUCUAAAUGCUUCUUUCCCAACAUGGGAGUCAGGAAUCAUGCUGGGAUGCUCAAACUCUGCUCAGCAUUAAAAUAAUACUAAUUUAUCAAAGAGAAAAGUAGCCCGGAUGUGUACAGGACUUAAAUGUUUUAGAUGACAACUUUACCACUAUACUAUUCAGUAAAAUAAAUAUGAAAACCUGGUACUUUGAGUCUGGUGGAGCAGCGUUGCUGCCUCCCCCAGUGGACCUUUUUAACUGCAGAACCACAGUUUCAUGUCAUGCCAGUAAGGAAGACAAAUUACAAAAUGGGAUGCAAUUCCUGCGGUGGCGAGCCGGGACAUCUGCAGUGAAAAAGGUCCACUGUGAUCGUCAGCUUUACUACGAUAUGAUCAGUUAAGAUGUGAAGUGGACCAAAGGCUGACUCAGCCUGAAAUCUCCUCUGCAUCGUUUUUUUUUUUUUUUGUUAUUUAUUACAGCGUUCUUUGAGUCCUGGUCCUCAACACCUCCCACCCUGCAUGCUUUAGAUGUUUCUCUGCACAAGCUUGUUAUGAAGGUCUGCACAAGUCUGUUAACGACUCAUUGAUCUGAGCCAGGUGUGUUGGAGUUAGCAUGGAUGCUGUACUGGUUCGUUGUGAGUGGUGUUCCUACCUACGCCAUGGUCACGAACUGUGGGUAGAGCCUGAAAGAUAUGAGACAACAAAAGCAAUCGGCUGAAAUGAACUUCCUCUGCAGAGUACUGACCCUUAAGCCUGAUUUAUGGUUCAGCGUUAAACCAACGCAGAGCCUACGCCGUUGCCGUGACGCCGUCGUGAAUAGGGUUGCCACCUUUCAGAAAUAGAAAUAAGGGACGUCCUGAUUUCAGCAGCGCAGGAGCCAAAAAAAAGCCCCAAAACUUCUAAACUGAAUAAAAAUGUGUUUAUUUUAUAUGAAAAAACAAAAUGCUUUGAUAUAAAGUUUAAAGUGCUUUAAUAGCAUUGAACUUGCAUGACUGUACAGACAGCCAACCAUACUAGCAACUGAAAUAUCCUCCUAUGCUACUGUAUGUCCACAUCAGCCAAGAUGUAAUAUAGCCUACAGGUGAAGAAUAUGGUGUAAAAGUUAAUUUAUUUCAAUAAUUCAACUAGAAUAUGGUGUAAAAGUUAAUUUAUUUCAAUAAUUCAACUAGAAUAUGGUGUAAAGGUUAAUUUAUUUCAAUAAUUCAACUAGAAUAUGGUGUAAAAGUUAAUUUAUUUCAAUAAUUCAACUAGAAUAUGGUGUAAAAGUUAAUGAAAAUACGGUACAAAUCGUGUCCCGUAUUAGUUCAAUACGGGACGCAACAUUUUUUUCUCAAAUAAAGGACAAUUCCGUAUUUUACGGGACGGGUGGCAAGCCUAGUCGUGAACCCUUCGGACCUCUCCGUCACUCCAUUUCGCUGCGGUGCAGUACCCACCCAGAGCGCUAGGGGGUUGCGUUCUUUUCCGGAGAAAAGAAAAGGCGAUUCAUGCUCGAAAGCCCUCCAAUGUGGCUGAAUUACAACAAAUGUAUUAUUAUCGUCGUCUCUAGUUGAUUCUUUGUUUAGCUUCCGGCUUUUCCGGUCACAGUGAACAAUGGUGACAGAGAGAGAACCGGAAACGGGAAAGGGGUUGCUACCAAGCAAACCAAUCACAGCCCUCUCGGCCUGCGUCGCCUCGACGCGUAGUUACAUUUUUUGGGAGGUGCACGUCAGGCUACGGCGUAGGCUACGGAGAACCUCCCGCGUAGCCGCGUACCCUACGGCGUAGGCUCUGCGUUGAUUUAACGCAGAACCAUAAUUCAGCCUUAGUUUGAGAAGCUCCACCAUUCUCGCGGUAGAGUCGCUGUAGUAGGCCCCGGGACAGACCCUGGACACAUGGGAGAGAUUGCAUCUCUUGGCUGGCCUGGGUAUGCCUCUGCAUUACCUAGGAAGAGCUGGAGGACGUGGCGAGAGGUGGACGAGAGACGGGAGAGGUCUGGGCCUCUUUGCUUUGGCUGCUGCCCCCUCAACCCAAACCUGGAUGAGCAGAAGUAAAAGGAGGGAAACGUCUAAAACACGCUGGGGAAGCCAAUCCCGAGGAGCCGGACCGAAGAACACUGAUUUAUAGUAUUUAUGUUAUGUGGAAAGGGAAGAGAGAGAAGGGAGAAGAGAGCCAACAGCGAUGAGAGAGCCACUUUACAUUGAUGAGUCAUUUGUUUUCAACUUUCAGUAGCUUUGUCUUCUUAUUACUAUUACUCUACAUCUAUCAUGUUUCCUUUAUACGUUUACUUUUAUUGGUACUAUAUCGUUUUGAGUAUUUUGGUUUGCCAUUUUCUUAUUGUCAACCUCUGAACUAAAUAAAUUAGACGCUAUUAGCUACACACUGU